CACAAUAUUACCCUUAAGAAAAAUCCACAUGAAUAUUCGGCACUGUGUCACUUUCUUAGUCCACAAGGAUCAAUGUUUUCUUUGUGUUAUAAACUGCUUCCAGACUGUUAUCUUAAGUAUAAUUUUCCAGUGUCAUAUCUUCCGUACUAUAUCUUUCAUUUUGCGUAUCAUUUGACCAAUCCUUGGUUACAACUUCAACAGCAAGAAAAUGUAUGGAUGAAUUGGGAAACGGUUUAUGUUCAAUUAGCGCACUGUUAUCUAUACCAUUUUCUUCCGAGAGAUAAUUCUCCGGUUCUACCGGUGAUUGGGCCAUAUGUAAAGAAGACACCACCAAGAAAAUUAACUCAGUCACCAGAAUUCCGAAGAGAUUGUCAAAAAUUGCAAACUCUGAGACUUCUAAGAGCAUCUAUAUUAUCCUCGGGAACAACGAGUCCUGGAACAGGCAUACCGCAACAACAGCAGUGCUUACCACAAGUCUGGAGAAGCGAGACUGUAGUACAAGUUUUUCUCGAUUUUUGGUUAGAAUAUACGGAGGAUACGCAAUUGACCUCCCAAUUGAGUACAUCCUACUUGUCUUCGAUUCCGCGACGACAUAGUAUACAUUCUGGAGAACACAUACGUCUUGUAAGAGCGUUCAUAAAAACAUUGCAUGAGUUUACGAAUAGCACUACUGGCGACAAAAGCGCAAUGGAUGAAUUGAAAAGAAUAAUUCUUCCCUCGGUUCAAGGAAAAAUAUAUACGUUUUUGAGGAAAGCAAUAUAUCAUUGGCCUCUAGACAGCUCGUUCAGGUUGAUACUGGAGGCUUGGUUAAGUUUUAUUCAACCAUGGAGAUAUGUACCAGGAGUAACAUAUACCAAAGAAGGUAAAGCAGAGGAAGAAGAAAGAGGCAAAAUUCAUGAUCCUGGCAGAUGGAUCUCUUUCGUUGUUAAUAAUCUGUUAGCAUAUACGGUUGUGUUUCAGCAAUUGCUUCCACGAUUUAUGAGAACUGACCUAGUAGCGCCUAAGAAUGCAUUAAUGUUAUUUAGAGUUACAAAAGUAUUUUCACAACCAUACUUAGCAAAAAUGAUAUGUGAAGUAGAGAAUUGUGUGGAUGACGCAGGCCUUAGCAAAGGUCGAAUAACUACGAAUCAAUGGACAUCGAUUAUUAGACAACAAAUUCUUGAACUAGAAGGUCCAACGUAUCAAUAUGUUCCCAUGUUUUCGACAGCUAUCAACCUGCAGGUCGUAUGGUUUUUGAGUAAUAUUAAACAAGCGCAUUUAACAUCGACCAGUUUGGUGGAAGCUCUGGAAGAUAGAAGAAGAGGAAAGCGCUUUCUGCUUUCUCUGUGGGAAUUCUUUAGUUGCGAGGAAUACUCUUCGGACGACAUCAGCAUAGAAGAGCGACGACGCGUUCCUGUAUUGUUGGCCACUGCUCAACAGCAACUAAUAGAUAUAUUUCAAAUACAACUCGAAGACAUUCCACAAGUUGCUAUAGUAGCGGACCAAGAAUAUCACGACAGUAUUCUGUCGACUUCUUUCUGUCAUCAAUCACAGAUGGAAUCUAGCUUUGAUUCAAGUAGACCGGGUACUUUCGUACCGUUGCAAGAGGGUAGACAGACAUGUCGAUAUAUCGAAUAUAUGGGCGAUCCAGAAUUGCAACCGGUGCGAACGAACGAAUGCGCUUUUCUCGUUAGAAACUUUUACAAGCUAUGCUGUUACCUCAAUCUCAAGUAUCGAUAUGAGAUAAUCGCACUAUACAACAGACGAAGCUUCCUUGGUAGUGUUUGUCGACAAUUAAUUGCCCCACCUACUACGAUUGUAAAAUUACCUAAACGAACAUCAAACGGAUUUAGCAGUGGCUCCGAGGAACGACUGCCACCUCGAUUAAGUUUACGACCUUUAGCUAAUUACAGCUUUCUCAUAAGUAUAUCAUUUGGUGUAUUGAUCGCAUGGCUUAUCAAUUAUGGUCCUUUUAUGUUCCUGGGAUUUUUAUUUUUAAUGUGGAUUAUGUAUGUAGUCAUACGUGCAACGUUGCAACACUAUUUUCCAUCUAUCACAAGUGUUUUCAAACAAAACACGAUUGCACCUUCCAUUAAUCGAUGA